CAUACCCUCGGAGCAGCGUGGUGGGCACAACAAGCCCAGCGGUCGGUGAGCUCAGUCCUGCCGCUCCGCUGCAGUCCCUCCCUGGCACAGAGGACCCACACCGCACGGCUCCCGCACGGACGCAGAAAUGAGCUGGUCCUCCGCCGCACCACAUCGCACUGACGUGAGCGUGUGACGGCUCUUGUUGGCGGAGACACACACAGACACGGACAGCGGAGGACGUACCCGCCGGAGGACCUGACAUUCAGAGAGCGCUGUUUACAAACCCGCAGCCCGGACAGUCCCAACACGCAGCCCGGACCAUGGCGGAGAGGAGCGGCCGGCUCAGCUUCCCCGGGAGCGGGGCUCUGAACAGACCGGUGCCCAUGAACCUGUUCGCAACGUGGGAGAUAGACGGAUCCUCCCCGAACUGCAUCCCGAGAUUGUGCAGUUUGACUCUGAAGAAGCUGGUUGUGAUGAGGGAACUCGACAAGGAGCUGAUUUCGGUCGUCAUAGCGGUUAAAAUCCAGGGCUCCAAGCGGAUAUUGAGGUCCCAUGAGAUUGUGCUGCCCCCCAGUGGGUCUGUGGAGACUGAUCUGGCGCUCACCUUCUCACUGCAGUAUCCGCACUUCUUGAAACGGGAAGGAAACAAGCUGCAGAUCAUGCUCCAGAGGCGGAAACGAUACAAGAACCGAACCAUCUUAGGAUACAAGACUCUUGCCGUGGGCUCCAUCGAUAUGGCGGAGGUGAUGCAACACCCAACAGAGGGGGGCCAGGUUCUGCCUCUGUGCAGCAACCAGAAAGACAUGCUGGGCAAAGUGGCCGAGAUCUGGAUCUUCUCGUUGUCCAGUCAGCCAAUAGACCACGAGGACGCGGCCCUGCAGGGAGGACAGAAGAUCAAAUGCUCCGACAACUACUCGGAGGAGGAGUACGAGAGCUUCUCCUCGGAGCAGGAGGCCAGCGACGACGCCGUGCAGGGACAGGACCUUGAGGAUGACGAGUAUGACGUGAGGAAGCCAAAGAAGCAGAGGAGGUCGAUCGUGAGGACCCCCUCCAUCACCAGACAGCAGAACUUCAAGCAGCGAGUGGUGGCUCUCCUGAAGCGCUUCAGAGUUUCAGAUGAGGUGCUGGACUCGGAGCAGGACCCUGCAGAGCCGCCCCCUGAGGUGGAGGAGGAGGACCUGGACCUGGACAGCGUGGAGUUUGAGAACCCCAGCGACAGCGGCCCCGAGCUGGACGACGAUGACAGCGUCCUCAGCACACCAAAACCCAAACUCAAGCCAUAUUUCGAGGGCCUCUCUCUGUCCAGCUCUCAAACCGAGAUCGGCAGCAUCCACAGCAGCCGGAGCCACAGGGAGCCUCCCAGCCCGGUGAGUCCUAUUGACCCAGAUAAAACCAAGGGUGGCGGAGCCAAGUUUCCAGAUGAUGGUGUGUCCGACAACGUCUCCUUUGAGCAGCCAGAGGCAGUGACUCCGACCACAGAGCUGGAGAUGGACAACAUGGACACGUUUUUGGAGAGACUGCCACCAAGUGGCAAAAUGACCAAGACCGAGUCCCUCAUCAUUUCAUCCAACAGGUACAUUUGGCAGGAGCCAAAGCUGGCGGGGAGGCGAGGAAGGAGCACGUCGCUGAAGGAGCGCCAGCCCAGCAGGCCGCAGAACGAGAGGGCCAACAGCCUGGACAACGAGCGGUCCCUGGACACGCGGUGCCAACUACAGGUCGGAGGACAGAACUACAGGACAAACCAAAAACUACAUACUAUCCCACGAAAAACGGUGUACGACCAACUAAACCACAUCCUGGUGUCUGAUAACCAGCUCCCUGACAGCAUCAUCCUCAUCAACACGUCAGACUGGCAGGGCCAGUAUCUUUCAGAUAUGCUGCAAAACCACCAUCUUCCCGUGGUUUGCACUUGCACCACGGCCGACAUCCAAGCUGCGUUCAACACCAUCGUCUCCCGCAUACAAAGAUUUUGUAACUGUAACUCCCAGACGCCCAUUCCCAUAAAGAUAGCCGUGGCCGGAGCGCAGCACUACCUCAGUGCAGUGCUGAGGCUUUUUGUGGACCAUCUAUCCCACAAGACCCCAGACUGGCUCGGCUACAUGAGGUUCCUUAUCAUCCCUCUAGGUGCACAUCCAGUCUCCAAAUAUCUCGGUACUAUUGACUAUCGAUACAACAGUUUGUUCCAAGAUGCUGCCUGGAGGGACCUGUUUCACAAGCCAGAGGCUCCUGUUAUUGCCCAGGAGAACCUCGAUGUGGUGUCGCGGGUUACGCAGUACAUGGUGGGAGCUAACGGAGCUCACCAGCUCCCCAUCGCAGAGGCCAUGCUCACCUACAAGCAGAAAAGGAAAAAGAGCUUUCAUUUUGAUUUUGCAGUAAGCCCCGAUGAGGAUUCCUGUCAGAAAUUCAUCCCUUUCAUUGGGAUGGUGAAAGUUGGCAUCGUGGAGCAAACAUCUGCAACAUCAGGAGACUCCGACGAUGCAGCACCUCUGGGCUCCUCGCUGCUCUCCUCCACCCCUCCACAAGUGUCACCCGCCCUCAAGGAGGCGUCGCCCACGCCGCCGUCCUCUCCGUCAAUCAACACCAGCUUUUGUGCUUACAGCUCUAGUAGCCAGUCGGAGCUGAUGGGGCUUCAGGUGGACUACUGGGUGGCCCCGACAGAAAGGAAGAAAGACAUGGAGAAGCGGGACUCCUCCUCCAAAAACACUCUGAAGUGCAAUUUCCGCUCGCUGCAGGUCAGCCGGCUGCCACUGGGGGGCGCUGAGCCGAGCCCUCAGCCCACCAUGUCCAUGACAGUGGUGACCAAGGAGAAGAAUAAGAAGGUCAUGUUCCUGCCAAAAAAGAGCAAAGACAAGGAGGUGGAGUCAAAGAGUCAAGUGAUCGAGAGCAUCAGCCGCCUCAUCUGCACUGCCAAGCACCAGCAGACCAUGCUGAGAGUGCUGAUUGAUGGCGUCGAGUGGAACGAUGUCAAGUUUUUCCAGCUGGCGGCUCAGUGGUCCUCACACGUCAAACAUUUCCCCAUCGGGAUCUUUGGACACACAAAAGGCCCUUACUAGCAGCACCUAAAAAGAGACUGAGACAUGGAGGACAGCUCCCCCUUCCUUCCUUCCUUCCUUCCUUCCUUCCUUCCCUCCCUUCCUUGUUUCCCUCGUGCCAACACCUUUUAACCUCCUCUUCCCUUCCUCACCCUGCACAAACUCUUUUUCUGUUCUACCGUCUUAAUUUAAACUCCUGCUUUCCGCUGUUGCGUUCGUCCGAUUAUUUAAUCUUUUGCGUGUUUUUUUUUUUUUUUUAAUUUUCUAUUUAUGUAAAAACGUCUCUAGGCAAAGCUGCCAGGGGAAUAUUUCUUUUACUCGGCUUUUUAAAACAAAAAUCCUGCUGAUGUUUUAUAGCCUUUUGAGAAAAAAAAAAAAAAACUCAAAUUAAAUAUUAAUUAGAAAUGACUUCUAACCUUUAACGUAUUGAAUGAGUGCACAGGUUUUACUCUGCCGUCAUGUUUUUUUGUUUGUAUCCGGUGAGGUUGGUUUUAAGCACUUGGCCAGCACAAUUAAUCAAGACUAUAUUUAAAAAAAAAACAAGGCUAGCUGCCUUGUUAUGAAGUGGAACAAGACGAAAUUGUCAUAUUUUCUAACUACGGUGAAGAAAUUUUGGAUUUGCAACUUCUGAGACUGUCGAUUCAUCAUCUUAACCCAGAAGAAGAAAGAAAAAAAACGGCCUCAAAGAAGAAGAAGUCUAAUGUGCAAUAGACUGAAUACUGUGUGAAUGAGAUUCUGAAUUAACCUGGCACUGUUAGAAGAUUACACACUGCUCUUAGUUGUGAUUUUCACUUAACGUAUCCCUUCUUCCCUUCGUUCCUUUCUACUCCCGAGAUGUUGGCUAAAGGUUCAAGAGUUUUUCUCCAAAAUUUAAUGAAAAAAAAAAAAAAAAGGUCAAGAUGAAAUCAAACACACAGGCUUUUAAAAAUGAUUAAUAGCACAAAAUUAACCUAAAGGAAUAUAUUGAUAUUUUUGGGAAAUGCACUUGUUUGCUUAGUUGUUGAGACGAGAAGACUGGUACUACUCUCAUAUGCCUAUGCUACAGAUAGACAGUAGUUAGCUUAGCAUAAUACUUUAGCCUAGCUUCCUCUGAGGCUAACAAAAUGUUCUUCCAGUACAUCGAAAGCCCACUGAUUAAAAUACAGUAUUAUUUAUUGUUUGUUCAGUCUGUACAAAAACUUCUUUACCAGUGUUUGUGCUAAGCUAAGCUAACCAGCCGCUAGCUGAAGCUUCUGGGGCUCAUUCCACACUUUCUAUGAAGUACUUUCAAGCUUACUAAACAUUUAGAUGUAUGUUUGUUGAAGCUCACGUUUUAGCAUGUGUUGUGUACUGGCCAGUAAAACAGUAUGAGCCAAGGUGUUGUUGGACGAGUACGUGUACUUGGCUACAUGAGGUGUGAAAUCUGGCUAAAAAGUAGUACUUGUACCACUGACACUGAACAUUUCUUGACUCCAAAUAUUGUUCGAUCUGCUCUCUAAAUUUAUAAUGGGUUGUAAUGGGGCCUGUGUUCUUUGUGGGCUGCCCUCAGUUAUUGGUUUGGACUUAGUUAUUGGCAUAGCUCAGUCAUGUAUUUGAGCUAUUGCUAGUUAACUUACUGUUUGUAAAGUAAAACAUUUCAUUGGCAAUUUUCUGACCUGAAGACUCAACGCAGUCAAAAUACAUGUCCUGGAACCGUAUAAAUAUAGAUUUUCUUAUGUAUCUUGCUCAUGUUAUACCAAGUACAGUGGACAUGUAUUUUCUUGGCAUUGUGUCGUUGGGUAUUUAAACCUGGUGGUCCUCAGUAGGUUUUGCUUUAUAGGGCUAUUUCACAGUGUUUUUGUUAUCCCCAAAAAGGGGCGGAGCCAACAAUUAAUUUGACAAUCUGAUCUCAGAGAGAUUAUUGUAGAGCUAUGAGAGUAGCACUUGACUGACUGGGCCAGCGUAGCUCAGUCAUCUAUUUGAGCUAUUGCUAGGUAGCAUACUAUUUAUAAAGUAAAAGUAAAACAUUUCAUUGGCAGUUUUCUGACUUGAAGACUCAAUACGGUAAAAAUACAUGUCAGACACCUAUUAAGUGAGUGUUAUUUCACUAGAUUAAUGUUAGAAGACUCCUUUUUUUGUACUGCUAUUUUACAGUGUUUUUGUUUUUCCCCAAAAGGGGCGGAGCCAACACUCUGUUCUACGCAUCACAAUUAAUUUGACCUAAUCUCAAAGAUAUUAUUGUAGAGUUAUGAGAGUGGCAUCUAUAUUUUCAUUUUAGCGACCAAGAAAGCAAACAAGUGCGUCUCCCAAAAUGACGAAAAGGUUCCUUUAAGUUUGGUUUAUGAAAUGAGACUAAUUGUACAUAGUGCACUCUCUGUAUUAAGCAAUCAGCUUGUUGUUUUUUUCCUCGACGAAAGAUAUUUAGAAAGAACUCUUCCUCCUUAAGCCCCACACUCCUCCGACACACUCCAUAUCUUUGCUCGAAGCAAAUGUUACUUUUUGCCAAAGGAAAUACUCAUCAGCUGCAGCUCACUCGUUACCUGUGUGGUAUUAUAGAAGACUCAUAAUGUAGAGGUGAAUGUAUUGAAGGUACCUUAAUGUAAAGCACUUUUAAAUGUUUGUCUAUUAUAGAUUAGUGUGUUAAACUUGGGAACCUGCAGGUACGACCGGCUUUCUGCCAUUUUAUCUGAGCGGGACAACAGCACAAGCAGGCAUAGUUUUUCCGCGAAGUAAACCAAGUAUCUGUGUCUCCUCGGUGCUUACGCUGAGUGUGAGGCCUCAUUGGACUGUUUUAGAUUUUAGUUUUAAGAUUCUGUGAGCUUAGAACGUGUAUGUGAUGUUAACAUUUCAAAAAGAAAAAAAGAAAAGUUUUGCCAGUAUAUCUUGCUCCAUCUUUAGUUGACUGUUAAGCAUAAAACAAAAAAACAAAAAAGAAGAACAAGAAGCAUUUCGCUUAUAAAUUUUUUUCUUUCGGGAGCAGUUUUGAUCAUAACCUUUGCCAAUUUCUUGAUAAGUGCCUAAAUUGCUUAAUUUUGACAAAUCAGUAAACAUCCCUGGUUAAAAAUGGUGCUGAUUCUGGUCCGACAACAAGAUAUCUCAAUACAGCGCGUUGAUUUUGCAACACAACCGCGUGCAGUCAAGCCUGUUCAGUGGCAGGAGGGGGAAAGGACACUCCGGCCAGUUGGCUCUCAAUAAUUAAAAGAUGCCCAUUCAUGUUGAGCACAUGUUUGUUUCUCUGUGUAGAAGACGUUUUAGAUGUUUUUGCUUUUUCAUGUUGUCUCAGAACAGGCUUGUUGAAACCGAAAGUUCCCUAAAGACUACCACUGUAAUCCCAAAAAACUGGGAGUAAUAAAACUACUAUACACACUAAAAUGUA